AUGCACGCAUCCACCAAACUCCUCACAGGCCUCAGCCUGGCCCUCGUCGCCCUCCCGAACCUCGUAGCCGCAGCCUGCAAGCUCAACAACGCCAUCGAAGAGAACGAAAAGACCCGCGAAGACCGGCAGGAGCUCUGCCUAGCCGAGGGCCCGAACCGGUGGACAUUCGCGCUGCAAAUCAGCGAAGUCAGCGUGCCGACCUUCGACGGCGGCAACCCCUUCGCGGGGAUCGCGGGGUCGCAGGCUUUCAUUUUGUACGACGACGUCUGCACCCGCAUGGGCGUCUACUCGCCCGACAACGAGGGCAACGAUUGCGGGAUCCCGUAUACGAUUGAGGAGAGCUGGUUGUCGCAUGCGCUUACGGUGACGAGUAUCAACUUUGAUGUUGGGGAUCCGUUCUUCAAGUUCUCCUUUGCGGAGGGGGAGUAUGCGAGUGAUGGGGAGACGGGGCUUUGCAGUGAUAUUAGCUCGGGGUUGAGGGCGGAGCAGGCUUGUCAGGCGACGUUCUCGAAUUAUGUGGAAUUCUGCGUAGUCUCCAUUGCCCACUUUGACUACAAGCCUCCGCCAGAGUCCGAGGAUAUGCUGAAAAUAUAUAACGCAUUUGGUCACUACUCAAAGCUCCAAGUUUUCGUUAUUCAUGAUAUUGAUAGAUUCGAUGGAGCCUUCCUUGACCACUGCUCUCUUCAUGCCGUGCAGUUGGUGAUGCUCGGAGAUAACUCGGAGGUAUCGGCUCCCACCAAGCGAGGCCGGCUCCAUCUGAGCGUCUCCGGCCUCGAUCUCUUCGUUAUCGUCACUCACCUGGUCAAAUCUGGUCUGGACCAAUCAGAUCAUGCAGCAACACCAUCAAAGGUCGUACUGAUCGUGGACUUUGGUCGGGAUGAUACGAAAGAAAAGCCGUUUGGCUGCGACAAAUGUACAAAGUCCUUUACUCGCAAGGAUCUACUCGUCCGUCAUGAGAGGCUCGCCCACAGCUCGUCUCCAGCGGCUUCAACCCCGGGAUCGGUCCCCACAGCGUCUACCCAGCCAGUAUUCGAUGGCCUUAACGUGCUUGCCUCUGCUGUGACGGACCACCCAUUUCCCUCUACGGGCGAGCCUGUCUUACCUGCAUCGCAUGUUGCAUUUCCGACCGCACCGGCACCAGAACCAGCUCCCUUCAGUGAGCCUUUCCCAUACGAGGGCGAUGACUUUACGUCUUUUCUAGACAGCAUUCCCCUGCCUAGUCAUCCAUACUCACCGACUUACCAACCAUUGCCGCUUUUUCCGCCGCUACAGUUUGAUUCAGGAUCGGAGUAUCCUUCGACUCUUGGUCAUGAUGGAGCUGCAACGCCGUCCCGCUCAGUGCUCCCUCGUCAUGGGACGCAGUUGCCGUCGUUGCAACUGGAGGAAUCUCAGCCGCCUUCGAGGAACCGCCCUCCAAAGGUUCCGAUUGUGGUAACGACGCAGUGUCGCGACCGGCUUGUCCGCGAGCUACGAGAUUAUGCCAAUGUCAUUCCCGAUCAAUCCAUUCCUUCUCGCCAUGCCCUUUCCCGGUGUCUUACCGGCUACCUUACUGGAUACCAUGAUCACUACCCCUUUCUGCAUAUACCCACGUUGAACAUUGAGGCGACCCCGCUGCAUCUUGUUUUGUCGAUGGCAGCUUUAGGCGCCCAAUAUUGCCGGGAACACGACACAAGCAUCAACCUCUUUCAAGUCGCCAAGGCUGUCACUAUGGAGCACAUGCGGCGAGAUUUUCAAUGGAAUGGCCUUCAUGACCAUCAGGCUAAGCAAGCCUCAUCCAAUGACCAAAGCCAAGAUAUUCUGGAAACCAUUCAGUCACUGCUUAUGCUGAUGUCGGUCUCUUCUUGGUUCGAACAUUAUCCACCUCACUAUGAGAGCCUGUACUUACGAAGCCCAAUGGAAACCCUAAUGCGGAAGGAUGGUUUGAAUAGACUUCCCCGGCAGGAUGGAUCAUGGGAGAGUUGGAUUCGAAACGAGAGCGCAAAGAGAACGAAGUUGAUCGUUUUCUGUUUUCUGGGCAUUCAGACGAUUGUUUUUGACGUCCCGCCGAAUAUCUUGACCGAGGAGAUAACGCUCGAUCUUCCCUGCACAGAGAACGAGUGGACCGCUGCUAGUGCCAGCGAGUGGAUGCAGUGCAGGCAGUACGGUCGCGGAAGCCCUAGACUGCAGGAUGCUUUAAACUCUCUAUUCACCCGGACACCAAGCGCUGGAGGGCAGUUGGAAAGCUUUACCUCUCUUGGUGGCUAUGCCCUCAUCCACGCCCUCAUCCAAAUUAUAUGGCUCAUUCAAAAGGCUUGCCGUGUUCCGGCGAGUACCAGCAGCUCUUUAUCACCGACUCAGAUUACCUCCUUGGAACAUGCGCUGGAGAACUGGUGCCAGUGCUGGGAACGCAAUCAAGAGUCUUCAACAGAUCCUUUCAACCCCAACGGCCCAAUCUCGUUUACCUCUACAGCUUUAUUGCGAAUGGCGUAUAUCCGGCUGAAUGCCGACUUUAGCUCCGCGCGACGCCUUCAGACCUUCAACCCGGAUGAGAUUGCAAGGUCCCUCCGACAGAACCUCACAGUCCAGCGCAGUGAUCGGCUGACUCGCGCAGCCCUUCAUUGCGCUCAUGCUCUCAGCACACCGAUCAAACUCGGCAUCAAUUAUGUUGCACGUACGCUUGUCGUUUCAUGGUCCAACCAGUACGCUCUUUGCUCGCUUGAAUGUGCGGUACUCCUGGCCAAAUGGCUGGAGAUUGCCACCGUACCAAACCCUGAGCCCAGAUUGACAGAGCAAGAGACGAAGCUUCUCGAGUUUGUGAUUGAAAUGGUGAUGGAGGCACAGCAUGGAGUGUCGCGGUCGUGGCUGCUGGCGAACAAUACUCGAUUAAGUGCGGUCGUGACCAGACUUUGGGCCAGACUCUUCACGGCGGACUAUAUCUACGAACUUGUCAACUUGAUUGGUCGAUCAUUGAAUCGCUAUGCGGAUCUCCUUGAAGGGAUGGAGGCACCAUGA